AUGCCAAUAGCAAAACGAGAAACUGAACCACUGUUACCCAAUGCUGCCGAUAUUGAUGUGAUCGGUCCUUUUGCAGAAAAACUGUUCGACCUCGAUCACAUUUAUAAUCGCAAUGAAUACCCAACAGUGCAUGCACGUGCAGACGAAUGGUUAACCGUUAAUGAAAGUGAAGCAACACCGUACCUUCCAGAUCCCAAUACACGAAAAGUCACCAUUGGCAUAAAGGAACUAGAAACAGUUGAUUUACCUGUUGGAGCAGUACUCAACCUCAAUAACCAUAUUUCAACCAAGUACGCCUUUAUUCUCAACCUCGGCUUUUCCGUGUUUGCACUAGAAUUCGCGCCAAAACGACCCGAGAUCGAUAGCGCACGUCAUACACAAUACCUCGCCAUCGCCGGCUUUCGUGGGGCUGAAAACGAACAUCAUUACUAUACUGAUUCUUACACACAUGGAGAAUAUAAGAAUUCCAUCAUGCUCUGGCGUUGCGAACUUGUGAAUACGGAACAGGCACAGCAACAACAACAACAACAACAACCCGUGUUGGAUUUGUGUCUGCUUCAUGAUUUUGGACCUAUCAAGGAAAUCAAAUGGUGUCCUUAUGGUGCCUAUGAAGAGGUAAGCUAG